AUGGCUAAGGCCAUUCCAAUUGUCAUGCCUAGUACAAACCAUCGACUUUGUACAUGGCAUUUGAUGCAAAAUGCUGUGAAGCAUGAUUAUCUCAAUUGUGAUCAUAACUUGAUGGAAUUUUUCAAGCAUUUUGAGAGGGUGCUCUAUGACAAAAGGUAUAAAGAAUUGGAAGCCGAGUAUAAUUUGUGUCAAAAAUUGCCAAGGGUUGCCAUUCCAACUGUGAUGUUAAAGCAAAUGGCAGAUAUUUACACCAAAACAAUUUUUGAGGAAUUCCAAAAUGAGUACGUGCAGUCCAUUGAAGCGUCCAUUGUAGGCACUAUUCAUGAUGGUGAGAGUACCAUAUUCACAAUUCAAACGGAUGUAGAUGGAAAAAAAGAUAAGAAUGUGACAAUGGAUAGAGAUGGUUUUUUGAGUUGUAGUUGCAAGAAGUUUGAAAUGAAGGGCAUAGUGUGUCAACAUUGUUUAAAGGUGCUUAGAGAGAUAAUCAAUGCAAAGGACCUUCCUGCACAAUACAUACUCAAACGAUGGACAAAAAAAGCAAGGGCUGAAACUGUGAAAGAUAGGCGUGUGUAUGAUGUGAAGGCUGAUGUCAAACUACAUCAAAGCGACCGAUAUAGGUCAUUGAUGAAUAUGUUUAGAGCUAUAGCAAGUAGAGCCGCCGAAAGUGAAGAAACUUAUCAUUUGUCACUUGCAAAAGGUGAAGAACUGAGUGUCAUGGUUGAAGACAAAUUAAGUGUGCACACUUUUGGUCAAGUGGAGAUCACUGAAUUCAAAAAUUCCUCAGCUAACACAUGCCCACAGAGUGAUGAAGUAGAUUGUCCAAUCCAAGCCAAGGGACUGAAGAAAAGACAAGCAACUACUAAGGGAAGAAGGAGGAUCAAGGGCGGGAUGGAAAAAUGUAUAGCGAAGAAGAAAAGAAUGCAAUCUAAGCAGGGUGAUAGUUUUUGUACUCUUCAAGGUCAAUAUGAGCCUCCUAUUGCCAUGGGUAAUAUUUCUAGUCAGGACGCUUCUUUUUCUACUUAUCAAGGUCAAUCACAACCUUCUUCCGACAUGGGUAAUCAUUCGAUACAGGGUGUUUACACUCCACAAGGUCAAUCUCGACCUCCUAUUGCCAUGGGUAAUAUUUCUAGUCAGGAUGGUUCUUUUUCUACUUAUCAAGGUCAAUCUCAACCUUCUUUAGACAUGGGUAAUCAUUCGAUACAGGGUGUUUACACUCCACAAAGUCAAUCUCGACCUCCUUUUGCCAUGGGUAGUAAUUAUGUUGGGGUAAUAUCACAUAUUGUUUGUUUUUGA